AUGUCAUCAUUGGAAACAGCCGUCGUCAAGUUGGACCCUUCCAAGGUGCCCAAGUUUUUGGGUGGAGCCGAGGAGAAAUUUGGCCCCAAGGCAAUGAUUCGGCUCCCAACGGAGACCAACUAUGCCAAGCUUCCCCGUAUGUCCAGCCAUGUCUUCUUCGAAACAACAACCCACAUAACCAAUGACGGGCACUCGGAUCAUUUCAUUUCGGCCAGUCAUGAGCACCCAAAUUCGCCCGAUGCAAUGGUUCACUUUUUGAUUGAGGAAGAUCGCUUCGUUUGGGGUGUUAUGUUUUCUGGGAUAGAUAGUCACUGGCGUGAAUCGCAAAAGGAGGCCUUGGCUUAUCGCAUCCUUCAUAUUUACCUCCGCGAAUACGGGGCAGGCCUGCCGAAAGAAACUGCUUACUACCUUGGCCGACGCAUUACUGUCACAUAUAGAUCCAAGAAAUACUGGAAGGAAUUGCUGGAUGUUACAUUGGCGCUUGCCGAUUUGGGGUUUUUCUUCAACAUCAGCAUGACUGGAAUUUUUCUCAUCAACGCGGCCAGGUCUUUUCAUAGGCUUGGCAGAAUGGAGGAGGCAGCAUUGAUAUGGGAUGAUCUGGCAGCCGAGAAGAUCUUGCAGAGCCUGUGUGAUCAAGACUUUGGUGAAGCCAGCUCCGAAAAAGACACCUCCCAUCUCGAGGCUGGUCUUGCCUAUGUCACUCUCCGAAAGUUUCCUGACGCAGAACGGAGCUACAUAAACGGUCUGUGCCGCGUGCUACAAGCAGAGGCAGUCGGCAAUCUUGGCAUGGAGGCUAUGAAAGCAGGCCGCGACAUCAAUAAGGCAAUCGUUUGGUUAUUGAGGUGCUAUGCAGGUUGGGUAGCCCACUCCCACAACGGAAACUUGUUGGAUCAUGAAGGAACGGAUGUCCGGGUUGUCGAGGUGGCAUUGGGAUGUCUCGCAGCAGCAUGUGGAUUUGAGGGCCACAAGGUUCAGCACUAUGAUGUCUAUUUUGGGAAUGUGAUCAAGAACAAAUAUCGUCACAAUCAAAGCACAGCACGAAAGCUCCUCGAUGCAGCACUCGCCUUGCAGCCCGAUGUGGUCAAAUUUCGUGCCAAGUUGCUUGUGGCAAUCAAGGAUGGGUCCACCGCAAAGAUUGCAGCCAAGUAUUCCCAACGCGACGCAGCCACCUCAUUAGGUGUACGUGAAUUGUUGCCAUCGAAGCAAUAUUACAAGAACUUCUUGCAAGGAUUCGUUAUAGUACCCGACGAAAAGGAUAAUAUUGGCAAGUGCAAGAAUUGCGAAGACUUCUUUGCUAUUACCCUUCUCCGCAACUGCCCCUGUCGCACCGUUUCCUAUUGCUGCAAAGAAUGCCAACUGGCUCAUUGGAAGUUGGCGCACAGACGCGAAUGCCCCCUACGAGGCAAAACCAAAGGAACAAAGAGUUCCUGA